UAUUUUUUAAAUAGGAGUGUCAGAGGGACGUUAUGGUGAUGGUGGUAAUUUUCAGAGUACCACAGGUCAUUGUGUUCAUAUGAGGGGACUGCCUUACCGGGCAACAGAACCCGAUAUCUACAAUUUUUUCUCUCCUCUGAACCCGGUGCGUGUGCAUAUUGAGAUUGGUCCAGAUGGGCGAGUAACCGGUGAGGCUGAUGUGGAAUUUGCGACACAUGAAGAUGCCGUGGCUGCAAUGUCAAAGGACAAAGCAAACAUGCAACACCGUUAUGUUGAGUUGUUCUUAAACUCAACAGCAGGGGGCAGUAAUGGGGGCUACGGAGGGCAGAUGAUGGGGGGAAUGGGUAAGUAUAAAUAAUGUGACUAUAUAAAGAUGUUAUAUUAAUGUCACAAAAAUCAGGGCUUCUAC